GCGGUUGGUUUACAAGGAGCUGCCACUUGUUUAUUAACGGCUGCUCGUACAUUAACAACCAAUAAUAGUUCUUUGGAGAAUGAAAUCGGAGAGCAACGUGAUUUAAAUUUACUUAGAGAGUUUAACUCGGGGGAUCUAAGAAGUUUUUUACUUCGAUAUGUCGAGACUCUUGUUGAAAAUGAUGUGAUUUUCAAAAAUUAUGAAAAUAUUAAUGCUAAUCUUAAUAAUAGUAGUAACAGUAGCAAAAAUGAUGCGCUUUUGGAAAUUGAAGAACUAACUAAACCAAUAGCUGCAUCAUCAUCAAAACAUAAUAGCAGUAAAAGCAAUGCCGUUAGCAAUAGUAGCAGCAGUAGAAGCAAGGCCAAUUCCAGCGCCGAUACUGAAAAUGGAACCAAGAAAAAACGUAAUAGAAUAAAAAAACCUGUUGAUCCGAAUGCACCAAAAAAACCUGUUAGCGCGUUUCUCCUUUACCAAAAAGAUGUCCAAGAUGAAAUACGUAAAGAAUUCCCCGACACUAAAUGGAACGAUAUUUUACGCAUUAUUAGUCAACGAUGGCAAAGUCUUUCAAACGAUGACAAAAAGAUAUAUGAAACCAAACUUCAACAGGCAAGGCAAAAUUAUGAAAUUGAAUAUAAAACUUAUAUGGAAAAUAAGGAUAAUUCAUCAUCAAAUAUGAUUGAGACCACCGAUGACAAUAAAGAAACCGCUUCUAGUUCCAAAACAACAAAUAAAUUAAACCGAAAAUCAAACACCCUUGAAAAUACUAUAUCAAAAAGUUCAAAAUCUCAAAAUAAUAGUGGUGGUAGCGGCACGUCGAAAAAACGUAAAGAAGGGAUGGAUGACGGCGAUGAUAAGUUUAAAAAUCAUAUCAAAAAAUCCAAGAAAGACAAGAUCAACUUUACAAAUAUUGGUGACGGAGAAGAAUAUGGCGAUGAUCUAGCAGCAAGAAAAAGAUCUCAUAUAAAAAUAGAAGGAGAUGAGGCUGUUAGACCUACAAUAAUACUUAUUUUGAACCGACCUCGUCUUAGAGAAUAUAACUAUGAUUUACUUGAAUCUAGAAAGCAUAUGGCUAUUACUUGUAAUGGAAAGGACUUCUUUAUCCCUAUAAUUCCAGCAAGAGAUGAGCACAAAAAAAUGAAUUCACCAGUUUUGGAAGCAUUAAAUCAUUAG